CAUCAGCCCCACCACCACCAGUGUUCCGUCUUGUGUUGUGUCGUGUGGAGGUAGUACAAUUUGAGGAAUACAACAGUUGCUGAUAUGUGUACCUGAAGUAACGUAGUGGGUGAAACAGAGUGUAGUGAUCGAUACAGUGGUACAGAGAGUGUAGUGAUCGACACAGUGGUACAGAGACUGUAGUGACUGACACAGCGUGAUAAUCUUUACCGUGAGGAAUAUUCAUGAGAGACAGCCCCGCCACUUAGCCCCAGAAGUCCUGACGCCCGAGGAGGAAGCGGAGGAGGAGGAGAAGGAGAAGGAGAAGGAAGGGGAGGAGGAGAACGACAAGGCCAACUUGUAGUGGAUGACUGGGGAACAUCAUCCACAAACUGGCUGUCACCCACUCCCGUCCCCCGUCCAGGGUAGGACGUACCCCGCCUGUCCACCAUCACUCCCGCUCCUCCUCCAGGGUCGGUCCAUAUACUCCCAAGCUCAAUGGGAAGACGUUGGCUCCACCUACGGACGAUGACUUCGCUACGAGGCUUCAGGACCGCGUGUGUAGGGAUGUCAUCUUCCUCAUCCUCUUCGUCGCCUUCGUGGUUGGCACUAUCGCCUUCAUGGUGUAUGUGGGCGUUAAGAGUAACCCGAAGCGCCUUAUCCACGGAUACGAUCGGUAUGGCAACGUCUGCGGCCAAAACAAUAAAAAGUACUUCAACCUCUCGAACUCUGGCCAAAACUUCACCAGCAAGCCGUACCUUUCGUUUGGCGUAUCGACAGCAGAAGGUCUAGCUAAAGGAGAGGUUAUGCUUGGAACCUGCGUGAAUAACUGUUCACCCAACAGCUCGACGUUGAUAGGCUACCUGUGUCUGCCGCUCAGUAGCAGCAGUAUUUCCAACAAGACUAACGCCAUCAGCGCCAUCCUCUUCGGUGUGAGCAUCAGCAGUUUUUUCAGGAACGCUGGACGGGACCUGCAGGCCACUUGGAAGGAGAUGCUCAUCAUGUGUGUUAUAGCACUCGUCUUCGCUAUUGUCAUCACCAUACUUCUCAGGUUGUUGGCACAGGUGGUUGUGUGGUUGUCCGUCAUCAUUAUGAUAGGUGGCAGCAUCGGUGGUACCAUCUACCUGUGGGUACUCAAGACCCAGCAAAGCAAACAGCUGCAGGCCAUGAUGAACAGCACCAGCAGCAGCCCCUACGAGAUACAAAUGAUGCAGCAACGUGUUCAGUCACUGCUUAUUGGCGCCAUAGUGGCUACUAUCUGUUCGGUGCUGCUCCUGAUCAUUCUGAUAGCAAUGAGAAAUCGGAUCAGGUUGGUCAUAGCGCUCUUCAAAGAGGCCGGAAGGGCUGUGGCUGCCAUGCCUCUUAUCCUCUUCCAGCCAGUCUGGACGUUCAUAUGGAUGGCGCUGGUGUGUGCACUCUGGGUGCUGGGAUGGAUCAUUAUAGAAACCUCAGGACAACCCAUGUUGUACAACAACUCAGUAGUCUUCGUCAUUAGUGAUUUUAUCAAGUACAUGCGUCUCUACCACCUGUUCGCUAUCCUAUGGAUCACACAGUUUAUCCUCGCCUGUCAGGAUGUGACCAUUGCUGGUGCUGUUUCUCAUUGGUACUUCACCAGGAACAAGAAGGAGCUGGGCUGGCCCAUCUCGUCCAGCAUGAGGGCAAUGUUUCGCUACCACCUCGGCUCCAUCGCUUUAGGCUCCCUCAUCAUCGCCAUUGUCAAGUUUAUACGGAUCAUGCUCAAGUACCUGGAGAAGAAGUUGAACCGGAACGGAAACCAGAUAUGUAGUUUCCUCCUGAAGUGUUGUCAGUGCUGCCUCUGGUGUUUUGAGAAGUUCCUCAAAUUCCUCAGUAGAAAUGCUUACAUAGAGAUCGCUAUAUACGGGUAUGGGUUCUGCAAGGCUGCGCAAAAGGCUUUCGGGGUCUUGGCGUCCAACGCACUCAGGGUCGCUGCUAUCAACUCCGUUGGUGCCUUUGUCUUGUUUCUGGCUAAGUCUUCUGUCGUUAUCUGUACCGUAGUAAUCGGUUAUCAACUUUUAAAGACCAGAAAUGAAGUGAUGUACGUGUGGGUUCCUCUACUCAUCGUUGCUCUCUUCGCCUACUUUACUGCCCACUGCUUUAUCUCUGUCUACGAUAUGACGAUCGACACACUCUUCUUAUGCUUCUGUGAGGACUGUGAGAUGAACGACGGUAUCCAGAAACCAUACUACAUGAGCAUAAAUCUCAUGAAAUUCGUAGAGAAUAGCAAGAAGGCGAUGGAUGCUCUAGAGAACCACAACAAAGAAGGUGAUAAGUCACGACCCUGGACCACUGAUGUACAACCCAGCAACACUCAGAUGAAUUACCCCAUGUCAGCGCCGCCAUCACGGAUGCACAGCGGGAUCAAGCCUCUACAGCCUGGCUACCCUCCCAACUCUCUACCUCCUUCUCCAAGACAUUUCCUCUCUUCGACGAACUAAACAUGUUAGACGGAGCCUGUACCAGGCCACGACACGGGAGCUGCUUAAGACGAUAGUAACAACUGCAUGAAAACUCACCGUACUUCAGCCGUCAUGAGUUAAAUCAUUUAUGCCGGUGUCACUACAAAUCAGAAUUUAUGGAAUGAAUUGUAGGAUUUCGGAUUUAGUUGCUCAGUUACAGAUGAAAGAAAUAUACGGCGUGGUUAAUUUGGCCAGUGAGGAACUCAAGCAUAUGAAUUUUGAGGUGUUGGAAAACUGAACAAAUAUAUUUUUUUUUUGACAAAUGAAGGAAAUACGUCGUGGUACGUGGAGCACAAUUUUAUGAACUGGUCACUGAAAUAGUUUUUUUUUUUUUAUAAAGGUCAGAUCAGAUGAAGAUAGCAGUACAACGACACUAACCAGGAAGUGAUAUGGAAAACUAUAUCAAUUUGCCAUUCAUGUUUUUUCCUCCCGUGUCUAACUUUAUAUGAUUUUAAUCUGUUUUAAUUUUAUUCUUCUCUGCCCUGUUUAUUUUCAAGUUAUUUUAACACCAUCAAUAAAAUUAUAGUGUUGCAAGUAUUUACCUUCAAUGCUCGACACUUACAUUUUGUACGUCUGUUCAUAGAUUUUAAAUUUGAUUUGCAGAUUUUUUAAGUAUUAUGCUAUUUCUGUGACACAUGUGUCAAAUUUAAGAUAUUCUAAUUUUCACCAUCUCAUAAACAAGGAAGACGUCCAUGUUUUAAUGUGUGAUGAUAAUAUUAUCAUUAUUUAUAUAAUGCACACGUCACAAUGUGCUCUUAAGCCGAGUUAAUCGGAACGUUAAGUUUUCAACCUUAUACACUUGUUUCCUGCUCAAAUAAUCCUGAACAGACUUCGUAUGUCAUUUUUUUUUUAUAUAUUUGGGAUCCAUUUUGUAACUUUUUAACAUUUUUUUUCUCUCUGAUCCACAUUUUAAAGUGUAGACACUCCAUAGCAGCUGCAUAUUCAAAUUUUUGGCCGCAUAUGUAUUACAAACAUUUUUGUAUUUUUCAUCAGCUCUCCGUCCAUUUAUUUAAAGCUAUUUUAUACUUGUCAGUGUAGCGUGUGCAUCUCUCACAGUUUCAUUUAUAGCUCCUGGAUCCCAGUCGUUGUAUGAUACUCCCAAAAUUUUGUCUACAAAUUUUUAUUCUUCAUGUUGGUUUCACUGUCUCAUUGUGACGCCCCUUGAUGGCAUUUAUCAAAAUAAAAUUCCACUCCAUUUGCUCAAUUUCACCCGAUCAUCUUGUAAAAAAAACAAGUUAUUUAUAUUACUUAUUUUGCAAAAGAUAUAUGCGCUAAGUUUUGAUUAUAAUAAUAAUAAUAUAUAAUUAUUAUAAUAAUAAUAUAUAGUUUUCUGUCUCUUCUGGUAAGUCAAGUAAACAAUAAACACUAUAGAGAAUAGGUGGGCAACCUUCUUUUUUUUUAAAUGUAGCAACAGAUGUGGCUACUGAGAGUAAAAUUCGUCACACCUUGCAAAAUUAAGAAAUCGGCUUGCUCAUCUAAAAAUUAAAAAAAAUUAAAUUGACAAUAACUGAGAAAAUUUAAUGUGAAAUUUAACAGUUCCAUUAACAAGUUUCAACGCUGUUGACUGAUUAUCUGAAAGAGAUGUACACAUCGCUCCUCAACAAUUCGAGAUCUGUAUUUUGACUUAGUGAAUUCCAUCCUCGAGAAAGUCGAUCCAGUCAUAGUCAUUUCGAAAUGUCUGAUUUCAAAGUUGGGAGAUCUUUGUUAAGUAGAAUGCCUCCUCAUCUAUGACUGAAAAUUCUGCCUAAUUUUUAUAAGGGCGGCAUAAAAGAUGUUAUAUUAUUAGAGCCAAAUUAUGGCAAACUCAAAUUCGCCAGGCUUUCAUAGCCAGCUCGGCCCUUGUGGCGACAGGGUUGCCCACCCAGGGUAUACACGCAAGUACAGAUCCUCGCUUCUUUUUCCAAGAAAACAUUCUUUUUCUUAUAACUGUUUACAUUUUCCUCCAAUAAAGAGGCACAAUGCCGCGACUGGAACAAUACAUAAAUAACCCGCACACAGGAGACUAACUUAUGAGUACGUUUAGGUCCGAGGGCUCCGUCAGCCCAAAGCACAAAAUGAUUACUGGAGACAGUGCAAGACGUGAAGGGGUAAGCUGAGCUGUUCAGUCCCUCAACUUCGAUUUAUCAAGACUAAAAGACUAGUCACUUCAGAUAACCUCUUCACGCCUUCUACCGUCUCCAGUAAUUACUCUGAUAAAGCCACUGGUUAGUGAAACGUCUCGCAAUGAAGAUACCCAAGUGCUGCAUAGGUAUCAUUAUAUGAUUUUGCCUCACCAAGUCUCAUGGAGGUCAAGGCAUUGGUGGCAGCUUUACAUAUUGACCGACAGUCAUUGCCCUUAUAAUGUGCUUGUACUUGUGAAAACAAAGAUAUUAUUAUUACCACUUAUACAUUGUAGCUGUAACUAGUCGGUAUCACCAUGUAAGUUCCACCAAGGCAGUUUCAAAUCAAAUAAAUCGUACCUAAUGGUAGUACAGUGCACACGAGAAACAUUGUCUAAAGAAGGUUAAGUAAGUUUAUUUAGGUACAGGUACACAUCAGUACAAUUAUCAUACCUAAUAACGUGUGCAAAAUUACCUAGGAUAACCCCCAAAAAUCUGUAAUCUUUUGUCUACCGCCCACAGGGUGGGUAUGGGGUGCAUAAUAAACAUAUUAAACUAACUAAACUAAAGUUACCUGGGGGGGGAUCCCAAUUACUGAUUUUGUAUCUCGUUUAUUUCUCAUUUUGUGUGCCGUCUAUUUCUAUUUUUGUGUAU